AUCUUCAAGGAACACAGACAGAAUAAAUAGACCAUAUUUCAGACAAUCUCACUCCGUCAUAAGCAAAACCUGCCAAAUGGGCCGAUGCGAUCGUCGUAAGCGCCCGCUACGUCAUUUCCCCCCCGCAUAAAUUAACUGCCAACCGGUUUGACAUCAUUUGUUUAUACUUCUUUUAUUGUUGAAUCCUGCCCUUCUCGCUGUCUUUCUCAAUCCCCUUCUCCCUCAUCCUCUUUUCUCCCGUCACUUUAUUCUACCUCAACUCCGAUAAUGUCCCUCAACAUGGCCACCGGCAGCCUCCCCACCAACAACCUCCCCAACCGCCCCCCCAAACUGGCCUCCGCCACCGGCGACGUCAAAAACACCGUCAAGCAAGGCACCGACGCCACUACCAAGACCACGCAAGGCGUCACCGACAGCGUCCUGCCGGGCGGGUUUCCCGGCGACGAGAACGACAUCCAGCAGGCGAAGACGGAGAACAAGAACAAUGGGCCGAUCCUGGGGCCCAUCCGGCAAUGGAUCAACCAGUCGAUCCCGCCGAUGCUCGAUCGCAUGGAGUCGACGCUGACCUGGCUACUCUCGUGGAUCCUGCCGGCGCCGCGCCAGGCGAAACUGUACGAGGCCGCGGCCGAGCGACCGGCCAGUUCGACCUUCAUCGUGUGCCAGCUGAUCUGCUGCGGCGUGCCGCUGCUGAUCUUCUUUGCGGGGGUCUUUAUCUUCGCGGCUGUGGCGAUUCUGCUGUGGGCGGUGCUGUCGCUUUUAAUUCUGGGACCGGUCUUGCUGGUCGCGAGCUUCAUGGGUUGCUCGCUGUGGGGAUGGGGAUGGUUGUUCUAUGGCUUGAUUCGAUGGAUUGAUCAGACUUAUCUGGGUGGGAUUAUUUCGCGGUUCUGGCUGUCGAAGAUCCAGUCUGAGGGUGAUGAGAAGAGCGAGGACGAGAAGGAGGGAGAAAAGAAGGAGUAAUUGGAUAUUUCCAGGAUGUGGUGGGGAUUGAGGAUUGGAAGAUGGGAUGAGUAUAUCGUGUGUGUAUGUGGUUUUGAAGCGUGUGAUUUGCGUCGAGUUGGUACGAGAUGUUUUGAAUUUCUUUCUACUUUUUCUUCUUCUUGUGUGAUUAUUUUUUCUUGGAUUCUAAGAGCCAGGAGCUACUUUUGUGUCAAUUUGACGUUUUUGUAUUUUCCGGUUUGAAAUUUGACCUUAUUUUGCAUGACCAACAAAU